UGGAAAAGCCAGCCUCAGCCCGUGCCUUUUUUUCCUGCCUGACAUCAACCAUAACUUACUUCAAGUUCUUUACCUUUGCACGAGGGCUUUGAUGUGUACAAACUGAGCCGGCAUCAACCUUGCACUUUGAUUGUUGUAGGCUUUCCGGGCACCUGAGAUCCCCCGCAUCCGAGCCCUCUGCCGAAGCUCCCAGGCGCCCCCGAAACCCACGACCAGCCACUUCCACCACCAAAGCUUCCGCAGCUGUCUCUCACUCCUCUACCCCUGGGCCCUGCAUCUGCGCCCCCAAACAAAGACUCACUCGAGACACGGCCACCCGCACGUCAAGAUCGGCCAAAUGGCGGCGCAACAGUCGUGGGCAGCAUGGCUGCUCGACUCAUAUGCCUCGUCGGUCUCCCCAGUGACUUCAGACUCUCCCUACCGUCACCACGAAGCGUCCGACUCGAUAUCCGAGUCUCCACACACGACGUCCUCCGGUGACUCGAGUUCGUUGAGCCCCAUGUCCUCGAUCUCGAAUUCCUCUGCCUACGGCCCUUAUGUACGUACUGGCCGCGGGGGAGCCGGCAAUUUCACGUGGGAAACCAACAUCAAGUCUCCCAAGAUAUCAGAGAUCGAUCUUGAAGCUCAGAACAACAAACACUCCUCCCUCGCCGACCGUCGGAAAGCGGCCGCGAAAUUAGAAAAUAUCAAUACCAAACGAGCCGUCCACAAGCACACUCGGCAGUCCUCCGGGGGUUUCUUGUCCGUCGGCCGCGGCGGCGCAGGGAAUUAUGCCUCUAGCAAUGAGAUCGCACCUCCCAAACGAAGUCCCAGCCUCCCCGUGAGCAUGAGCGCAAGUGGAAGCAGGAACCCCAGCCCGACCAGUCAAUUCUUCAUGCCUCCUGGUCGAGGAGGGGCGGGGAAUUAUGCAAAUGCAGCCGACGUGACCGCGCGCAACGAGACCGAGAAAGAGCAGCAAGAGCGACUUGCCGCAGAACAGAGGAGGGAGCAGAUCGUCGAAGAGGUCGAUGGACUACUUCAGCCGCCACCCGGAGCCUGGCUUGGUGGAAGAAGAAAGAGCGAAAUAGCGUUCGAAGCUGUGUGAUCAUGAGUGUGAUUUCGAAGUCAAUCAAUGGUCGAUUGGAACCCAAAGAGGAACCCCAGGAGACGACAUCCAGGCGUCCAGAGAGAAGCAGUCUCGCAUUAACAAACUCGACUCCUAGGAGCAAGGUGCUCCCGACCUUCGGCCUCAUCCGCUGAAAAUGCAAGGCAAGGCUGGAGAUCAACACGAUAGAGCCGCGCGCACGACACGGUACUCCUCCCCCGGGACCAUGGACAAUGCAUUGUCUGGUGCAAGUUAUCAUUUGACGUGGGUUACGAGGGGACCGGUUUUGGCAGGGGAUGUCAUUACGAUACGCGUUCAUGAUCGAUCAUCCUUCGAAUGAAACGCCAUAUGACCUCGAGACUUGCUCAAAAGUGAAGUUCUGCUCUUCAACAACCUCAACACCUCUUGGCGCAGCCGAUGCCCACAUAUAUCACUUCACUCGGCAAUGCUCACUUGAUAUAUUGUGUUUUUCAAAUUUUGUUCAACAAUGGGACUCUAGUCUGAACACCAAAGGCCUUCCUUCAUAGUACCCAGAACCCCUUCUAAAGGUCAUUGGCGCAAUGCUUACCAGCAUGUCGCCUGUGGCCUUUAGCAAUGUUCUGGAGAGAGUCGGGAGUAAUGGGUGGUAGGGUUCGAGUCGCAUCGGUGUUGCCCCUUUAAAAACCAGGUUCCCUGGUUUUCUAUUCCCAUAAUCCCUUCGGGGGUUAUGGGAUGAGUUUUUGCUCACCAAGAGAAAUCUUAGUGAUUCAUUUUUGCUGCUGAUACCAGCCAAUAUUACUGGCACAAAUCUCUACGCUAGUCACCGUUAUCGAGUUGGUCCCUGGAAAUGGAAAUGGAGGCAGUUCCGGUACAAGGUUGGUUUUCCGGCGAAACUUGUCGAUCAGGUUCGGAAAUUGAACAGGAAGUGUUCAACGUCAAUCUGACAUUGGCUGAAAUGUUUCGAUUGUCAGUAGGGUACAGGAAUGAGGCAGUGAUGAGAAAUGUCAUCUAUAUUGUGAGAUGUCUGAUUCCGCGCGAGCAUUUUCAGGCUAUUCGAAGUGCACGGGAAGGCUCUUGGAUUGCACGUUUCAACCAUUGCUAUGCUAGUAAAGAGAUCACCUACCUACGA